UUGUGUGUUCGCUUCAAGGGCUAGAGACCUUAUGGCGAGUUCAUUCAGCGUUAAUGGGUACCCAACACGAGUCGGGAAAAUCAACAAAAUUCCUUCACAAGCCGAGGUCAAAACAACAGAUGAACUCUACUUCAUCUUCCAUAUACAACGUCUAGUUUGAGCAGUCAACGAAGUACCACGUCUAAAAAUGACCCAGUUGACAACCUGACAACCCAAUCCACAAUCCAACAACCCGUCGAACCGGAAACCUGGAUAUCCCACAUGCCCGUGACCCUGAGCGAAUGGUGCAGCGAAACUACCAGUCCAUCAGCUUCCCACAUUAUCCCCCAUCGCUUAAAUCCACACCCGGUUCAAAAACGGGAAAACCCGCGGCCUCCAACGCGCGCCAAAACGGCGGCGCGUCGUCUACGCACCAAGACGUUGUCCACGCCAUCUUUAUUCAACGGCGUGGCUUCAUCAUCGUCCUCGAUCAAGGCCGGUUCGUCGGUUUCUAGUCCAACCAUCACAACGAGGCGGGCGGUGACCCGGAUGGAGUUUCGUCACGGGCGGGGUACGGAUAACUCUGACUCACCCCGAACGGAUAUAACAGGAAGUCGGUUUUCUAAGGAAAGUGACUCCAGCGUACUAGCCCGCCCGUGGGCGGGCAGCGACAACGCCCGGGCUGACCACACCCGUAGAAUUCAAAAACUGGAAUCUCUAAACCUACGAGACAAAAAACCAAAAACUCCUUUCCCUAACCAGUUACAUAAAAAAUGUGAUUCAACAGCUACGCCAUCCUACUCGGGUCAAAAAUCAAACUCCAGCGAAUCAGGAAACAAUUCGGAAUCUCAGAUUGUGUCAAGCACCGCAGACGACCAGCUCACGUCCAAGUCGGCCGUGGCAGACGACAGUGAGGCCGAUGACGUCAUGUCCGAAGAUGACCACCAGAGUCGGCGGACCAUAGAGAAGUGUCUGCGGUGGAUCGGCACGCUGCCAGAAAAGUUCUCCAGCAUGCAUAUCGUGCAGGAGCGGACAACAUUGACGUACGAUUAGCUGU